AGUUUUGUUGUAUAAGAAAAGGUAAGAAUCAUAAUUGAAACAUAAUUUAGCAUAUUUAAAUGAAUAACCAAUUGUAUUAUAUAUUAUAAAACAUUACAAAAAAUGCUAAGAAAAGUUGAAUUGUCAAUGAAAAAUAAUAUUUUCGAAAUUCUAAACUAUCGAAAGAGCACGGUUGAACGAUACAUAAUGGACAUCACCGAUCAUAUCAAAUGUUACGUAAUACCGGGUGUACAUCAAAUACGAUGCUCGCAUGCCGCUCUACGUGGCUAACAUCCAUAUAUAUUAAUCAUAUACGCAUUGCAUGACAUUGCAUAUAGUAAUUACAUCUUGCUUUCGUUGGCGCAAAAUAUGAUCAAAAUUAGGAUACUGACUACUUUUCUUUGUCAAACAUUCCAAUCUCAAUGGUCGUUCGAAAUGUUCAUAUAAAAGAUAAACAUUUGAAUUGCAUAAAAAAAUGAGCUUCAAUUCGAAUAACUACGCAUGAUUUGAAUUCAUAUCUCAACCUCGCCUGAAAGUAUCCAUAUGCGGAAUAACCUUACGACUUUCCACGAGAAACGAGUGAAAGUUCGUACGAAACUAAUCCCUAACCUCGAGCAAGUUUACACUACGAUAACAACGUUCUCGAACCGCCAAGCAAAACUAUGUAUAUUGACGACAAACGAAAAUAUGCUUAUGAUUUGUAAUUCGUAUAAUACUUAUCAACAUGCAACAAAUGGACAACGCUCACUCGAUUUUUAGUUCGCUGGGAUCUCUUUCUUUCGUAAAAUUAACAUGUUCAUUUUAUGUGAAUUAAAAUAGCCAAAAAAGAAUCUUAAUAUUUGCUUCUUAUUUAAUUUUUUAAAGAUUACGAUAAAGAGAAUAUAUUUUAUGUUCAUUUUUUCAAAAAAUACAAUCAAACGAUUCACUUGUUCAACUCAUUAUGCGCAAUCCGAUUAUUUAUGUAUGUAUGCAUGUGUAAAUAUAAUCGUUGUAACAUUCAGUAUUAUUUUUAUUCUUAUCGAUAUAUGACGUAUGCAUAAUAUGAUUUGUGAUAUAUCGAUAAGAAUAUUACACUACUUGUCUACAUCGUUGAAUCGGAAAAUUCUAAAUGAUAAAAAAGCUAACGUAGAACUAUACUUUAUUUCUUUUUAGCAAAAUAUGAUUGAGACAUGUGUCUUUCACUGGAAAAGAACCAAUGCCGUAUCAUAAUAUUAUUUCGCAAUGGACAAUGAUUAAUCUAUACGACCAUACUAAAAGAGUUAAAGUGGAUCAAGCACGUGUUUCAUAUUUUUUGUUUGUACAUAUAUCGUUAUCGAUAUAAUAUCGCGUAUAGCUUGCGCGAUAAUUGCUGAUCUUUUCAACGAAGUCUUUCGUAUUCUUCGAGAUUCGUCGAGAUUUGAUUCAUUUUGUUUCCUCUUUUAGAAAUAAAGAAAAAGAUUCGGAAAAAAAGAAAACAAUUAUGACUAAUGAAUCGUUAAAUAUGCUAAAUACAUAAUAAAAUGAUUAAAAAAUAAAAAUAUAAUCAAUCGACAAUAGCAUUAAAACUAGUAUAAAUUAGGGACUACUAGCUUCGAAAUACUGAAAAGGAAGUUCUCGAAACUGUAGGUAGGAAUUCGUUAUAUCUCAUGUUUAUAAAAUUUUAUUUAUAAGAGUUAUCGAUGCGACUGAGAUAGUAAUGUAGUCGAAGAGCAUAUGGUUCUUUGAAUUGGAGGUCCAUUAGCGUAAUAGCUCAACGUCUCAUAUUAAUCGUUGAAAAAAUAACAAACGAGAUCGCGCGAUGCUUUCAUGAUGAAAAGUGUCAAGAGAUGCACCAUCAUUCGUAUUGAAUACCUGGGCAGAUGCAGUGGUACUUUUCGACGUAGUGCAAUCGUGUCACACUCUUACGGUUAAAUUAGAAAAACCGUUUAGAUCUGUAGUUUGUUCAACUAUGAAGAUAAAGAAAUUAUUUGAAAUAAAUCGCGCUUUUUCUGGGGUCGCGAGAACAUUCGUUGUUCCACAAUUUGAAAUGGUAGCAUCAGUGUCGGAUGCGGUUAUCCAGGUGCACCGGCUCACAGCAGCGUACGCUUCACGGGUAGCGGCAUAGACGAUGUCAUAGACGAAGAGGAGGCUCUUCUCAAAGAAACUAAAUUGCCAGAAGGAACUGUAGCUACGUAUUCGUGCGAACGAGGUUUCGAACUGCUCGGCCCAGCGAGGAGACAAUGUCAGACAGAGGGUACAUGGACACCGGAAGGUGUUCCUUUUUGCGUGUUGAAUGUAGCCGGCGGGAAAGCACCGAUGCAAUCUAGCAGCCUGGAUGGCGGAAUUCCGCAACGUGCCGUUGACGGAAGUAGUGCUCAGAUUUACACCGCGCAAACUUGCACGUUAACGAGACCCGAGCACAGACCAUGGUGGUACGUGAACCUUUUGGAACCUUACAUGGUACAACUGGUACGGCUAGAUUUUGGGAAACCUUGCUGUGGAACUGCUAUUCCUGGCACGAUCGUCGUUCGUGUUGGUAACAAUCGGCCGGAUUUGGGAACAAAUCCAAUUUGCAAUCGUUUCACUGGUCUGCUAGAAGAGGGUCAACCUCUUUUCCUUCCUUGCAAUCCACCAAUGCCUGGUGCGUUCGUUUCGGUACAUUUAGAGGCUUCUACCCAAGCGCUAAUUCCGGUGCAGCUUUCCUUAUGCGAAGCUUUCGUUUAUACAGAUCAGGCACUGCCCAUCGAGAGAUGUCCACAAUUCAGAGACCAACCGCCGGGAUCAACUGCUACUUAUAAUGGAAAGUGUUAUAUAUUUUAUAAUCGACAACCGCUAAUCUUCAGAGAGGCUCUAGCCUUUUGCCGAGCACGAGGUGGAACUCUAGUCGAUGAAAGUAAUCCUGCCCUUCAAGGAUUUAUCUCAUGGGAAUUAUGGAGGCGGCACAGAAGGAGUGACACGACUAGUCAGUACUGGAUGGGUGCCAUGAGAGAUCAAAACGAUCGAACUAUUUGGAGGUGGACGGGCAGUGGAGAAGAAGUCUCCGUAUCUUUUUGGAGUCUUCCACAAGGUACAGAAGAGGAUUGCGUUCGAUACGAUGGUAGCAGGGGUUGGCUCUGGUCCGAUACACCUUGCAACGCUCGACUAAAUUUUAUUUGUCAACACCAACCACGAGCUUGCGGUAGACCUGAACAGCCACCGAACUCGACCAUGAUCGUAACAGCCACAAUAAGUAGAAAUAUUGUUAGUCAAUACGAAGUUGGCGCUACCGUAGAAUAUACUUGCAAUUCUGGAAGUCUUCUCAUCGGACCUUCGACUCGUACGUGUCUUGAUACAGGCUUCUACAAUGAAUUCCCACCAGUUUGUAAAAAUAUUGAAUGCGGUUAUCCUGCGAACAUAAAGCACGGUGGUUACACGUUGAUUAACAACACUGUAACUUAUCUAAGCCAAGUACUCUACUCUUGUGACGAGGGAUAUGAAAUGACAGGUCGUGCGAGACUAACGUGCGAUAUAGACGAGAGAUGGAACGGACCACCGCCGCGUUGCGAACCGAUACAUUGCGAUCCACCCGUAAUAAUUCCUCAUAGUUUCAUCCAAAUUGAUGAAAUUGAUGAAACUGAAAUGGUGAGCAAAAGCAGCGUUAACAGGAGCCUGCUCGUUGGCAGUAUCGUCACUUAUACAUGCGAAAAGGGAUAUCGGUUGAUCGGUUUACGACAGAUUCUCUGUUUACAAACUGGACUUUAUGAUCAUGCCGCGCCCUCUUGUGCAGAAGAGACUCGUACAAGUACGGUAACGCUGCCUCCGCGAGCGACUUUAAGACCAGCAACAAGUAGCAGAGCACGACCGUUCAUUACAACAAAGAUUAGAUCGACUACGCCACCAGCAAACAUGCCGACGAAAGUAACGACAACGAUUACAACGAUGAAGGCAGCAACGAUCGUCCCGCCACAUGGCAAAAUACCAUCGAUUAAUAGUGAACAUAUGGCGACGGUUAAAGAAACCGAAUCGAAAAAGUCGAGCGUUAACAUACAAAGUACAGCUUCUUCUUCAUUAUCAAUUCUAAAUGAUCAUAGCAAAGAUCAUCCGCAAGAUAACGAGAUCGCUGGUAGUGGUGCUGAUCACGUACAAGCCGGUACUGGUACAGGUGUACCCGAACCUUCAGGACCUUUGCAAGUGGACACAUUCAACCAAUCGACUAGCGCCCAUCAAGCAAAAUUGAAUCUUGGAGCUGUUAUAGCGCUUGGAGUCUUCGGUGGUUUUGUCUUUCUUGCUGCUGUCAUCACAACGGUAGUCAUAUUGAUACGCAGGAAUCGUGGUAGAAGCAGUAAACACUAUCGUCAUCGAGCAUCUCCAGAUUGUAAUACCGUUGCUAGUUUUGAUAGCAGUUCCUCAGAAAGUCGAGGUGGCUUGAAUCGAUAUUAUAGGCAAGCAUGGGAGAAUCUUCAUGAGACUACCGGGCACAAGAUAAACCAUCCUGCGUUACAACGCAAGGAGACCCUGGAUGAACCAGGAUAUCGGGAAAAUUAUCGCGGUAACAAUACCGAACGUGAUGGUUCGGAAUUAGUUGUCAGCGAUGUUGCAGCCUAUCCAUCCAGCAAACAUGCUAGUGUUUCGGAUAAGAAACGUCAUCAUCACCACCACCAUCAUCAUCAUAAUUCGCCCGAAUGGAAGCAAUCGCAGUCUCACCACAGAUAUUGAAUGUUUUAAGGGUGAGUCUGUUCAAAUCAAUUUAAACUUUAAAUUGAAGAAAUUCAUACAGCACGAUGUGUUUUGUCACGAUGACUCAAGAAUCACGUAACAAAAAUGUGCAAAUGCAUAUCGAAUUUUUUAUUGUUUGCACUUUGUUUUAGAAAAUAAUAUUUAAUUAAUGUUAGAUACGUAACGGUAGCUAUGAAGGAUUUUACGUUAUUGCUCUAUUAUCUAAUAAAUAAUUUAUAAUCAUUCGAUCUGUUACGCGUUAUGCUGUAUAUACAUAUAUAAGUAUUUUAAAGCGAUUAUUGUAAAUUAAGAAUUAUGGUCACCUUGAUCUUGAUGAGAGAUCAGAGUUUUAUUUAGCAGAAUGCCAAAAACAAAAUAAAGAAAGUAAUAUAUUAAUUAUGAUCAAAAGAAUCUUAACAUACAUAUCUAUAGCAAAGUAUAUCUUUAGCUUUCUUAUAGACUUUUAUUAUGUCUUUGUAUAUUUUCUCGAAUAAGUUCUUCUUAAUCCCUAUGACAAGAAUAUAAAUCUGUCAUGGGUACCUUGGCCUCGCCUUGAAGUUGCUGUUUAUUUACAAAAAAAAAAAAAAAAAAAUAAGGGAAGGCCGAUGUUAUCCAUUU